ACAUCAAUACCUAAUUCAUUUCUCAAGAGUUAUUCGAAUUUUUCAAGAUGCAAAUCUUUGUUAAGACCCUCACCGGAAAGACAAUCACUCUCGAAGUAGAGAGUUCCGACACAAUUGACAACGUCAAGGCCAAGAUCCAAGAUAAGGAAGGCAUUCCCCCAGACCAGCAAAGGCUCAUCUUUGCUGGAAAGCAGCUUGAAGAUGGCCGGACCUUGGCCGAUUACAAUAUCCAGAAAGAAUCCACUCUUCACCUUGUUCUCAGACUAAGGGGAGGGAUGCAGAUUUUCGUCAAGACCCUCACCGGAAAAACCAUCACUUUGGAGGUCGAGAGUUCCGACACCAUAGACAAUGUCAAAGCUAAAAUUCAAGACAAGGAAGGCAUCCCCCCAGACCAGCAGAGACUCAUCUUCGCCGGGAAACAACUUGAGGACGGCCGAACACUUGCUGACUACAACAUCCAGAAAGAAUCUACCCUCCAUUUGGUCCUCCGUCUCCGUGGUGGUAUGCAGAUUUUUGUGAAGACACUGACUGGAAAGACCAUCACUUUGGAAGUGGAGAGCUCGGACACCAUUGAUAACGUGAAAGCUAAGAUCCAAGAUAAGGAAGGCAUCCCACCAGACCAACAGAGGCUGAUCUUUGCCGGAAAACAGCUGGAAGAUGGUCGCACACUGGCGGAUUACAACAUCCAGAAGGAGUCCACACUCCACCUUGUGCUUCGAUUGAGGGGAGGAAUGCAGAUAUUCGUGAAGACACUGACCGGAAAGACGAUCACUUUGGAAGUGGAGAGCUCAGACACCAUUGAUAACGUGAAAGCUAAGAUCCAAGAUAAGGAAGGCAUCCCACCAGACCAACAGAGGUUGAUCUUUGCCGGAAAGCAAUUGGAAGAUGGGAGGACACUUGCUGAUUACAACAUUCAGAAAGAGUCGACUCUUCAUCUUGUUCUUCGUCUUCGUGGUGGGUUUUAAGAAUCUUGUUAUGUUGGUGGUUGAUGGAUGUGUUUGAUUUGAUGAUGAUUGAUGUGUUAUGAGGAUAUUAUGAUGAUGGUAAUGAUAAAUAAAAAUGGUUGUUUACGAUAAUUGUUGUAUUGGUUUUACCAUUUCUUGUUUGAA